CAACAUUUCUCGACAAUCUUGUCGAUAUUCGUACACAACAUGGGUAGACGAGCUGUAUCGCCUACCGCUUCCGAGAAUGGAUUCGACAUCUCAAAUGCCCUAGCUGGAGGAGCUGGUCUCGACUCCGACGACGAGGAUCCUCUUGCCGGCUUUGAGCAGCCUAAGCCAACCGCCUUCGAUGCCUCAGCUGGUGCUGGACUGGACGACGACAGCGAUGGCGACGAACUGUACAUUGCCGCUCAGCAGGCAGCCAACAAUCGGAAGACGAAGGAUGCGACAGGAAAGACUACAAAGAAAGGAGGAGGUUUCCAGGUCAUGGGCCUGAACGGCCACUUGCUCAAGGCCAUCACUCGCAAGGGUUUCUCGGUGCCUACCCCGAUUCAGCGCAAGACGAUCCCCGUCAUUCUAGACGGUCAGGAUGUUGUUGGUAUGGCAAGAACUGGCUCGGGAAAGACUGCCGCUUUCGUCAUCCCCAUGAUUGAGAAGUUGAAGUCGCAUAGCGCAAAGGUUGGCGCGAGAGCCGUCAUCUUGUCUCCUUCGCGUGAACUUGCUCUGCAAACACUCAAGGUCGUCAAAGAGAUGGGCAAGGGAACAGACCUUAGAACAAUCUUGCUGGUCGGUGGUGACAGUCUGGAGGAGCAAUUCUCGUCCAUGGCCUCUAACCCGGACAUCAUCAUUGCUACGCCCGGUCGUUUCGAGCAUUUGAAGAUUGAGAUGAACUUGGACCUGGGCUCAAUCAAAUACAUUGUUUUCGAUGAAGCCGAUCGCUUGUUCGAGAUGGGUUUCGCUGCACAAUUGACCGAGAUUAUCCACGCCCUUCCUCCCAACAGACAGACUCUUCUGUUUUCCGCCACUCUACCCAGAUCAUUGGUCGAAUUCGCUCGCGCUGGUCUUCAGGAGCCCAAGCUGAUCCGUCUCGACGCCGAAACAAAGGUUUCGCCUGAUCUUGAGACCGCUUACUUCAACAUCAACACUCAAGAGAAGGAAGGUGCUCUCAUCCACAUCCUCAGAGACGUCAUCAAAAUGCCCAGUGGUCCUACUGAGCGAACCAAGCGAGCCAAGGAAGACAGCAUGAACUCCAAGAAGCGCAAGCGAGGAUCUGAUGGUCCCGGUGCCAACGAAAUUCCGACCGAACACUCUACCAUUGUCUUCGCUGCCACAAAACAUCACGUCGAGUACCUCUACAACCUACUUAGCCAGCUUGGCUACGCUGUCUCCUAUGUCUAUGGUGCUUUGGACCAGACCGCAAGAAAGAUACAGAUCCAGGAAUUCCGAUCUGGCCUCACAAACAUCCUUGUCGUUACUGAUGUCGCCGCUCGUGGUGUCGAUAUUCCCGUCCUCGCUAACGUCAUCAACUACGAUUUCCCUUCCCAACCCAAGAUCUUUGUGCAUCGUGUCGGACGUACCGCUCGUGCCGGUCGCAAGGGUUGGGCUUAUAGUCUGGUCACCCAGAAGGAUCUGCCAUACUUGCUUGACCUUCAGCUCUUCCUCAGCCGAAAACUCGUUCUUGGAAGAGAGCCUACCGACGAGAUCAACUAUGCCGACCAGGUCAUCUUGGGCACGCUUGUUAGAGCUCCCCUCGAGAUCUGUGUCGAGGAGGUUGGAAAGCUUGUUGAUGAUGACGUUGACUUAGCCGGCAUGCGUGAUGUCUCCGUCAAGGCUGAGAAGCAAUACGUCCGUACUCGAACUUCAGCCUCAUCCGAGAGUGCAAAGCGCGCCAAGGUCAUCGGCUCCUCUCCCCAUUAUUCUGAGAUCCAUACUCUGUUUGAGGACGAUUCAGAAGCUAGACAUAUGGAGCUUGAAAGAGAAAACAUGUUAGCCCGUGUAAGCGGUUUCCGACCACCGGAAACUAUAUUCGAGGUUGGCAAGCGAGGCACCACGAAUGCGGCUACGGAAAUCAUGAGAAAUAGACGUGCCAAGAUCCAGCCUCGCAAGCAGCAAGAAAAGGCUGCGGAAGAGGCAGAGAUUGAUGAGAUGGACAACGAUACCUCAGUCUUUGACAAUGCCGACGACGAGGACGCCCCUAGUGGUGACUUUGAUGUCGAUCUCGAUGAGGCGUCCGAGGAUGAGCUUGAGGUCACGUUUUCGCAGCCCGACAAGAAAAAGGCAAAGUCAUCAGGAGCCGGGCAAGAUUCGGAGUUCUUCAUGUCAUAUACGCCACAAAACAUCAAUAUGGCUGAAGACCGAGGCUACGGGGUUCACUCCGGUACGGAUGGAGGUCGCAAUACUCAUUUCUUGGACGCAGCCCGCGGAGCUACUAUGGAUCUCACAAAUGAUGACACAAAAGCUUUCGGUGCACCAAGCAAGGCUGGUGGUCUGCGUUGGGACAAGAAGAGCAGAAAAUACGUGGCACGAGCCAACGAUGAGGACGGUUCCAAGGGCACAAAGAUGAUUACUGGUGAAAGUGGUCUCAAGAUCGCAGCCUCAUUCCGAAGUGGUCGCUACGACAGAUGGAGGAAGGACAACAAACUCGACGUGCUUCCUCGUGUUGGAGAGCUCGAACGCCCGGGUAACAGAAAUGGCCUCAACGAACAGCGUUUCAAGCACAACAUGAUCAAGGCACCCAAGGACGCCGACAAGUACAGAGACGACUACUACAAGCAGCAGGCAAAGGUUGAUGUAGCAAAGGAGAAGCGAAUUGGCAGAUUCGAAGGUGGACCUGGAAAGAGUGAGAUCAGAGGUGCUGACGACGUGCACAAGCUCAGACAAGAAGCUCAGAACCGUCAGGAUAAGAAUGCUCGUCCAGCAGGUUCAAGCAGUCGCGGCCGAGGUAGUGGUGGACGCGGAGGACGCGGAGGACCAAGCAGAGGAGGAUCAGGCAGAGGAGGAUCAAGCCGAGGUGGAUUCGGCGAUCGUGGCGGUAGUAGAGGUGGCUUUGGUGAUCGCGGUGGUAGUCGCGGCGGUCGCGGCGGCCGAGGUGGUGGAGGUCGGGGCGGCGGUGGCCGUGGCGGAGGUAGAGGAGGCAGAGGUGGCAGAGGUGGAAGAGAUUAGUAGGAGGAGAGAGUUUCUUCCUUUUGUUUUUCUUGCGCUAGCAUGGGACCAACCAGAGCACUGCAAACGUUCGAUGGAUCUGCUCCGCAGCUCCACAACUCACUCAGCUGUCUCGUACAUGUCCAUUGCUGUGUUGUGCGUAAUGCUCCACUCAUAUGGGUCUCCUCGACUCCUGUCGACUGUCCCUUGCUCUUCGGUUGAGUUCUUCGGACAGUUGAAUACUCUGACCUGAGCCGUGAUCUUAUGCAAGGAAAUGGACUUUAGGCUGACUUCAAGGUAACGGCACGGUAGUCUAAGCUCCGCGAUACCGAUGACACCGAUCUACAUGCCUUUGACUCUAGGUUGAUGAUGAAACAUGGUCUUGGUUCUUAUACAAAGCAUCGUCUCACUGGAAUAAGCAACGGGUCAUCGCUUCAGUCUAACAUGCAUGAGAUGCUUAAAGGUGCUUUGAUCAAGA